GUGGUAUAUGAAAGAAUUUCGGCUGCAAACAAUUCGUAAACCAUAUGCCUCCCAUAAAAGUUUUACACCUAGUAAAUGGAAACAAAUAUUUACUAAUCAUUCCACCUCCUAUUUUUGCUCUCAGUAUCUCUUAGAAUCACGGCGUAUCUCAAAAAUAGGAAGGCCCAUGCAAUCAUAUCCCCACCUCCCUUGUUCUUAGCCGAGAAAAUUGUAGCCCAUUCCCCACCGACGGUAGCCACCGGCCACCCUACCUCCCAAGCAGCUGCUGGAAAGCCUCUUCAUCAUGUCACAACAUCCAUGCAGGAUUAAGAUUGGCAAUGAAACCUAAAAUCAUAGGGUGCAUUGGUGUCCAUGUUUUCCUCCACUAAAUGGAAACAAAGUAAGUAUUCAAAAAUGAGGGAUGGAAAGUUUGUGGAGAAAGUGGUUUUGGAUCCAAAUUUUUGGAAGAAUAUUACUACAUGUUUAAAGGCUGCAAAUCCACUCAUUAAGGUGUUUCGUUUGGUGGACUUUGAUGAGAAGCCGGCCAUGCCUUUCAUUUAUGAAGAGGUGGAUCGCUGCAAGGAAAAGAUUCAAGAAAAUUUUAAGAAAGUCAAGAAAAGUUAUGAGUCUAUUUGGAAAAUUAUCGAUGAUAGAUGGGCAUCUCAACUCCAUAGACCACUGCAUACAGCAGCAUAUUUUCUGAAUCCUCAUCUUCGUUUUGAUCCAAAUCCUGAAAACAAUUACAAGGUUGAUUUGGAGGUUAAAAUGGGUUUUUAUGAUUGCUUGGAAAGGAUGGUGUUGAAUCAAGAUGAAAGGAAUAAAAUUGAUUCUCAAAUUGAUUUUUUCAAGGCUCGUAAGGGAUUAUUUGGAAGUACUCAAGCAAGAAAUAUGUGGAAUAAGAAAUCUCCAGCUGAUUGGUGGGAGUCUUACGGAGAUAAAUAUCCUGAAUUGCAGCGUUUUGCAAUUCGAAUUCUUAGUUUGACUUGCAGUUCAUCUGGUUAUGAACGUAAUUGGAGUGCUUUUGAGAUGGUUCAUACAAAAAGGAGAAAUCGUCUACAUCAAAAGAAAAUGAAUGAUUUAGUGUUUGUUAUGUGCAACUUAAAAUUGAAAGACAAACAAGUGAGGAAGAAAGUUGAGUUAGAUGAUAUCUCUUUAAAUGACGAAUGGCUAGCUAAUUCCCAAACAAAUGAAGAAUUAAUAGAUCCUGAAAGCGAAGAUGACAUAGAAGAUGAUUUUGUAGAAGAUGACAAAGAAGAUGAAUUGGAGAACCACGAUUCAUUGGAGACCACUUUUUUUAAUGAUGAGGAUGAUGAGGAAAAUCAAGAUAUAGAAGCCGAAGAAAAUGAUGAUAUGGAGGAUGAUUUUUGAGUUGUUAUUUUUAUUUUUUUUUAUCAUAUGCAAUUAUUGUUAGCCUUUAAAUUAUAUUAUAAACUAUUAAAUAUUAAGUACUUCA